AACCACAUGUGGUUUACCUGUGCCACAUGUAAGGGUGACGUAGAGGCACUGCAAAAACGGUGGAAGUUCAUUCCACACCAUGCUUGCAAUGAACACGAACGGACAGAUGGUGACGGAAAUCGUCAUCGGUGUGAACACACUCCUCUUACCGCCCGUGAGCAGAAGAAGAGGAUGUGGAUUGAGAAGGACUCGGUGGCAUUUCAGGACCUGUCGUCGCUGGUCCUAGACAAAAGGCCAUUGAAAGACCUCGAGAAGAUGGCCCUCUUCAAACAUACUGGGCCACUGGAGAUCUUUCAUAGUGCUCUCCUGAAAUACCUCCCCAAACGCCAGGCCUUCUCGUAUGAUGGAAUGAGGGAGAGGUGCUACCUCGCUAUCCUGGAGCACAAUGAAAACAUUGUGAAAAGGAAACAAGCCACCACAAUGACAGGAGAACCACGGUUCAAGCAGGUGUACUGCAAGAAGUCCAAACAGUGGAUAUUGAAAACCAUCUUCACGCCACACACCACCGAGUUUAUCAGACAUCUAAUCAACAGGGUCAUGGACAGAAGACAUGACCCUAACAUCACGUUCAAUGUCCCAACCUCCUCACUCACUCCCCCUAGCCAACAUUGCCCCUGUACCUAAACCACCAAAGGAGGCUGCCACAACCUUGUUCAAAAGCCGCUUCUGAGACCUCAGCCCAGCACCCAACUCCAUCUCUCUCUGCUCUGCUGUAUUCUAUUACACAGAAAAUCAAGGGUCUCGGGGCUCCUCAGCCCGAGAACAGGAGUACCGAUCACUGUCAUAUGAUGGUGCUAAUAAAGUAUUGUUAAUUGAUCCAUUGACUGCUGUUGUGGUAUUCCUAGUAAGAGGUUUGCGCGAAAUAUAUAUUAUAAUAUAUUUAGUUUGACCCGGUUUAUUUUAAUUUGUUGUCUACCCAUGACAAACUUCAUUUGUGAAUAAGAAAUAUAAUGUAACUCCUGCUCUUGUCUGUCUACACCAAAGUUCAACAUUAUAAACUUGGAAGGAGGUAACUGAUAUGCAACUAACUCAGUGCAAUAUAGACUUAUACUUUAUAAAAAUGAUAAGUUAUUCUGCUAUUGUUUUAAUCUAAGGGAACAGAAGCUUA